UAAAAUCUAUUUUAAAAUAAAAUGGAUUGGAUUCAUUGCAAUAAUUGUUACACUCAAUUAGAACCUGGAAUAACUCUUUAUUUGACAUCAUGUGGUCAUAUGUUUUGCAACAAUUGCCUUGACAAUGGUGUUCAAGAAGGUACUUGCUUGGUUUGCAAAGUGCCAUGCUCUGUUAUGAAACUCGCCCCUGACAUGAAUCAUGAAAUUCAAGACUACUUCACAGAUCCAGACGACAUAUUGCAAAAGUGCUGCGAAGUUUUACAAUUUCAAAGGCGGCAUCGACGUCGUCUACUCUCUUACUUGGUGCAGUCGACGAAGAAAUUCUACGGUGCAAGGACGGAAUUGAAGCGUAUGACGGAGCUAUGCCAGAAACAGCACAAGCAGUUGCGAGAGUACCAGAAAAUCAUCAAAAGUUUGGAAUCUCAGCUCUCAGCUCAGCCAAGGCAAACAUCACCGUUCAACGUGCCUAUUUCACCGGGCAACAAUGUCUCGCCGAACUUCCUGCAGACGACGCCCAACUACAAGCGAGCUAGAAGUACUCCUUAUAGCCAACCGUUUCAGUCGAACCUCGUGACCCCGACACGCAUAAUCAAGAAUCGGACUGGCAACAUGAGUGCGCAGAGUCAGAAGUCAAACAACUCGAACAAGAUUUCCUCGACGGUGUUCACGCCACCAACGCCGGAGUCGGCCGGGUUAUUCUCAAGUCAAUCUACCACUGAAUCAGGGUAUUCAACCAGUGGCUCUUGGAAGAGGUCGCCUUCGAUCGUGUACUGCAACGGUUACGCUGAGAAAUGUGCUUUUAAACGUUUGAAGAGAUGAAUGAAAUUUUAGUUCUUAUUAUUUAGUUUCUUUAAUUUACUCGUACUUACUGUAUUUGCAUUUUUAAUUAUUAGCAUCCACAAGAUGAAGAUGUGUAUUUUGUCUUAUUAUUUCAAUAUGAUUGAUUUGCAUGUUGUGGAAUUAUAUCGGAUUUAGUAUCGCAUGCUAUCAAACAACACGUUAUUUAUAUAAAGUUAGUUUGUAAUGUACUUAUGUUUAACUAUGAUGCAAGAGUUUUAACUGUUUGCUUAACAAUAAAGUGUUACGUAUGAA